AUGAGCGUAGGUGAAAGGUGUGUAAGGCAGGCGUGUAAAAAAAAAAAAAAAAAGACUUACACAGAGAAUAUGGCCUAAUGACGCUAUUGCGAAUCCUUGUUUCUCAGUAAUCAGAAUAUAAUCUGGAUAAAAUUUGAAACAUUAUAUAAAUUUUUAGUUACCUUACUGACUUGGUCUAGUUUCUUCUUAUUUUAUAAUGAAUAGUAAAACUUUUUUCUUCUCAUACUUUGUCUUGUCAUGAUCACUUUUGGCCAUCCCACAGCUUCUGAACUAGUCACUCAUCAUUUCCUCUGACAGAACAGAUAAAUCUUUUCUGAGGCAUCUCUUCCUAAAAAGGCCAGGUGUAAUCUUCGCUCCUGUAUGUUUAUACAGCAAACUGAACAUCUCCAAGAUGUCAUCUCGUCCUUUACCCUUCGUUCUACUCUACAGGGAAGUCUCCUAAAUCAGUGGUGCUGGCUGUCCUCAAAGGGAGGCACGGGCUCUCCAGAAGAGGGCACACCAACCUCAACCCCCAUCCCGUCAGGUCCUAGGGCUGUGAGCGCCAUCAGGAUCACGCCUCUGUCAACCAUGAAAGGAUCUCCAGACCUGAUUCCUGCUGCAGGCCUGGACCCCAGCAGGGUGUGCAAAGGGAAAGGAGUGGUGACACUGAGGGCCACCCUCGUCAACUUAGAUGACGAAGCCCACAGCGGUGCGGGAUCCAGUGUGGUCGCAAAACCAAGUGUCUGCUCAAGCCAGAUGAAUGGACGCUUGGCUGAGGGAGAUGGUAAUAUCACACCUGAUUUCCCUCCUGUAAACAACAGUCACUGCUGUCAGGCCAAUUCCCUAGAAAGCAUAAAAGAAAAUCAGGCUCCAUCUACAUGUGACAGCAGCAAUUGUUUCCCAUCAACCCCCAGCGCCAUCUAUCCAUGCAGUAGCACAGUUAAUCCCACAAUAGUUCUGCUGCAACACAACAGAGAGCAGAAAAAGCAUCUUUCCCACUUGGAAGACCCCACCCUAGAAAGAGACAAAAGUCCUGAUCCUGGGAGAGAUUUGUUCAGUUCAGUUGCAGACAUGGAUGGCAAAAGGCUGCGACUGUCGCCACACUCCCCCGUCCUCAGUCCACUCAACAGGCCUAUUGUGCCAGUGCGGACCACUGAAAAGUCCAAAGACUGGUACAAGACAAUGUUCAAGCAGAUUCACAGCAUACCUGAGCCUAAUGAGGAAAACCCUUACCGCCCCACCUACAUGUUCCCUGAAAACUAUGACAUUCACAUGAACUCAAAAGAGAAUGGCCCAAAUCGCUUUGGCUACUUGGAAGAUGUGAAAGGUGUGUCACGAUCUCAAAGCGAUGCAGAUGUUGGUUCAAGAACAAGUUCAAUGCCAGUGCCGACGCGGUCCUCAUCACUCAAGCCCUAUACUAAAAGAAAUGAGUGGGAGCCACCGGAUAAAAAGGUAGACACCAGGAAGUACCGUGCUGAGCCUAAGAGCAUCUUUGAGUAUGAGCCGGGAAAAUCAUCGGUCCUGAAGCUGGAGAGAACGACUCAGGAUGUAUGUCCGGAAGAUGUAGAUUUAGAGAAUGAGCCGUGGUAUAAAUUCUUUUCAGAGAUGGAGUUUGACAAAGCGAGUGCCCCCUCCUUCAGCCCCCUGGAAACAGCCUCCGACCUGAAGAACUACUCCUCAAGCAGGUCUGGACACAGUGAGGUGGGGAAGGAUGGAGGAUCAUCAGAAAAUGAGCCUGUGGCUCCAGAAUGUGACCGUCAUGUUUACAAGACUGUUCUGGAAGGUGGUGACAUUCCCUUACAAGGCCUACGAGCCUUAAACAAGCGCCAUGGCAGCUCGUCCUCCUCUAAAGUGGAUUAUAAAGGUGGGAAUGGCUGUAUAGAUUCACCCUGCUCCUCUAAAAAUAGUCAAUCGGUUCUUGCCAGUAAUGCAAUAGCUAACCAAUGUAAGCAAAAGAAGCCUCUUUCUGCAGCCAAAGCCUGUAUACCCCAAAUCCUGCCCUCCAAGUUCAAGCCCAAGCUGCUGUCUCCUGGUGGUGAUGUCCAGGAAAGCAGCACACGACCUGUGAGGAAACUGAAGGCGCAGAGCUGUGAGGAUCUGUACUCAAGUACAUGUGAUCGUGACAGAGCUGGGACAGAGGUGAGGGAAGGGGACCAGUGGUCAGACUCCUGUGCUGACGGCCUCAGAGAAGUUUCUCCUGGAGUCAGGAGGAGCACGUCAGAGUUUUCUAGCUUGUACAGGAUCAUGCAUCACAUCCAGCGGCCCAGCUCAGUGGGCUGCAGCCCCCAAGGCAGCGUCCGCAGCCUGGCUUAUCUCUUUGAAGGGGCAAAGGAUAACGUGAGUGAAAAGUCAGAGGCUGACGACGGGGGUAACAUUCCACGGGACACGGUUUUGUCACGGGUCACUGAGUUUGAAAUGUUCAUUCAACAGUCCAGUUUAACACCCAGUCGUUCCUCCUCGUUGCCCACAUUGAACUCCAACUACAGCCAUAGCCAAGAACACUGUGGCUCCCUCUACCUGCCCUCUGCAGUGUCAGCUGAGUGUCUUUUGGUGGUAGACAACUCUCAGACGGAUGCCUGGUCCCCUGUGGAGGCAGGUGGAAAGGACACAGAGGAGCCCUUGUCACCAGGCAAUGAAACUGUGGAGGUGGUAGCCUCCCCCACAGAAGAUGGAGGCCAGGUUAGGGCUGAGUUGGCUUCUUCUACUGAUUCUGAGGUUGUACAGAUCUUCAAGAAGAGCUCCCUGGAACAGACCCGCUCAGCUGUCAGUGGAACAAAGAGUCCCUCCACCCUGCCUCCAGUGUCUUUCCCACUCCACCACCACCACCAUCUGAACCCCCAUCACUUCCCCCUUAAACCCACCAAAUGCAAAGGCUCCUGUCCAGCUUCCUACACCCGCUUCACUACAAUUCUCAGGCAUGAGAGACAACAGGCCACAGCCCAGCAAGAGAAAGCACCACCACCAGAGAAGAAGACCAUGCUGCCUGGGAAUCUUUUGCUCAUGGGCCCCGCCCCUUUCAGGUUACGGAAGAGCCUCCACUCCCAGCAGCCUCGGAGGACGCUUUCAGCCACUAAAGUGAUAACAGGCCCUCAGAGACCCCACAGCACAUUUCCUGAACCCAGACCUCUCAUACCUCAGCGUCUGUCCUCACUGGAGGUCCUGGAGAGGCUGAGUAACGGGGAAGGAGACAACUCUGACCAGCUGAGUAAUGGACAGGGCUUGGAUGCCAACGGGAACCUCCUGCAGCCGCUGGCAGCUCACCACAGAGACUCAUCCCCAGCACAUGGAGAGAGCCAGGAUGAGGUGUUGAGGAGGCGUUAUGGUGACAAAGAGAAAAUGUUGGAGGAGCAGCGGCGGCUCAAGCGGGAACAGGAAGAGGCUGACAUAGCAUCGAGGCGUCACACUGGCAUUGUCCCAACACAUCACCAGUUCAUCACCAAUGAGCGCUUUGGAGACCUGCUCAACAUCACAGAUAACACAGAGAAACGGAAAUCAGGCAUUGAGAGAACUCCAGCUAUGGCACGCUUUGACUUCAGAGCGGAAACUCUAAAGGAAUUACCAUUUCAGAAGGGAGACAUCGUGUACAUCAUUAGACAAGUGGAUCAGAACUGGUAUGAAGGGGAGCAUCAUGGAAGAGUUGGGAUUUUCCCUCGAAGCUAUGUUCAGCUCCUGCCCCCCACAGAGAAAGCACAGCCCAAGAAAAAUGUCCCAGUGCAGGUGCUGGAAUACGGAGAUGCUGUUGCCCGCUUUAACUUCACGGGAGACACGGUGGUGGAGAUGUCUUUCAGAAAGGGAGAAAGGAUCACGCUGAUUCGUAGAGUGGAUGAGAAUUGGUAUGAAGGCAAAAUCUCAGGCACAAACCGCCAAGGCAUCUUCCCCGUCACCUAUGUCGAAGUGCACAAAAGGCCACGUAUCAAAAACGGCCUGGAUUACCCAGAACCUCCUCUCUGCUCCUCGCCACAACGCAGCACCAAUGCCUCCCCUCAGUUGUAUCGUAAUCGCCUGACCACUUCGCCCCUGCCCCUCCCUCGCUCCCCCUGCCGCUCUGUGUCCCCUGAGGUCCACGCUGUCUCCUCUGAGUGGAUCUCUCUGACCGUGGGAGGUGGAAGUCCACCUGCCGCCCCGACGCCCCCCUUGCCUCCUCUGCCUACUGUGUCUUACCGCUGCGGCGAGUACCUACCCCCACCUUUCUCUGCCAGCCCUGUGCCCCCCAUUACCGGCAGCCCUUACUGCAUCUCUCCCAUGACCUCGCCAUCUGCCUCCCCUCUGCCCCCGCCGUACCCACCAAGGCCCAACUCCGCCACUCCUUUCCUCACUUUUACUCCUCCUCAGGGGGAGGGCUUUCUACUCUCCCCACCCUCACCACAUCUGUCACGUAGCAUUAGCCCCUGUGGUGGGCCAGUGUUGGAAGGCUGGCUUCGGGCGGAGGGGGAAGGUGCUGAGGGGAACGGGGGCAGUAGCUGUGCUGCCCCUGGGAACAGACAAAAUAGCCCUGCAGAGCUUGUACGGAAUGAUGUUGAUCAUCAUGGCCGGAACUCCAGAAGCCCUGUGAUGCUGUUUGAUAUCCAAGAUAACAACAAUGUGAACUCAUUUGCGGAAGCAGUGUGUAAUGAGAUCUUGAAUAUAGCUGAGACCUCAGUGAGGUACUGCGGCACGUUGUCCCAUCACCCUCUCAACGCACUUCAUGGUCUGCACUCCCACCCCAGUAAACAAUCUCUCAUCAUUUCCCAGCAACCCCUGUCCCACAGCAGCAGCCCAGAGCCGAGCCGUCUCAACUGUGGAAUUUUCCAAGCUCUAUACAGUUACGCACCGGAGAACGAAGACGAGCUCGAGCUGCAGGAGGGAGAUCUCGUCAGUGUCAUGGAGAAGUGUGAUGAUGGCUGGUUUGUUGGUACCUCAAAGAGGACAAAUCAGUUUGGUACUUUCCCUGGGAAUUACGUAAAGGAGGUGAAUCUGUAAAGUGUAUGAACCUCAACUGUAAACGCACACUUGCCUGUCAAGCUAUGGACAUCAAGCAUGGCUGUGGGUUACAGUAGUCAUUUAGUCAAAAUUAUUGGUUCAUUAUAAAGAAUGGAAAAUUGCACAAUGAAGAUGGUUGUAUACGCAAUGCUCAAACCACAGCAUGGUAUAUACAUGUAUUUUAUACACGCGUGCUUGUCUCCACAAAGAAUCUGGCACAAGAUAUUUUUUUUAUCCUGCAGAUACAAGCUUACAAUCUGCUCCUGUCAUUUACACUACGGGCUCUAUUUUCAUAGACGGCGCAACUGCGGCAGAGUGCAAAAACUGGCAUAGCUUUAUUUUCGUGCAAGCUCAAGGCUCGCUGUGCAUGUUAGCCAAUUUGGCAGACCGGGCUAUGACAAGCUGGCACAACAAGGUUGUGUCCUUUGACAUGCGCCCAGCGCAUGUGAUAAUUUAAUUGCAGAAAGUAGGUCUAAACUUAUGUCUGUUUGUACCAUGUCUAAGUCCAGCGUAGUAAGUAGACCACUAGUCUAAUGCGAGUUUGGUUCAUUUCAUUGUGGGACAGGCAGACUGAUUCUGAGCUCUGCGAACGUGUGGUGGAUGUCAGACUUAUUUCAUUCAUAAAUAUGUGAACAACGGGGAUCAAACCCUCUGAAUCAUUGGAGUAAUCAAUUCACACGUUUAUUAUGAUCAUUAUUAUAUUUUUUUAAAUCAUCCCACUGGCAGACACGCACCUAUUGGGGGGCCGGCGAGGUGGAGGGGCACACCAAUGAUCGGGGAUGGGGAUAGGUGGGUACAUGAGGUCCACGGACAUAUUUGAGUCACUUAUCACCAGCUCAUUCUUUAUUUAAUCAGGGUAUCUGCUCAUGUUGUCUGUUGCCAGACCUGCCAAGAGCAGUAACAAUGAUCCAGUCAUGCAAGGAUCGCUCUUCCACACAGAGAUGUCUCUGUGCAAGACUCAUUGUGCCACAUUUAAAGGGAAUGUGAGGAGCUGCUUUGAUUGGUGGCGAAUGAAGUCAACUGUGUUCCACCCUGACAAUGGCGGAGAGCGCCCUUUUUAAAAUCUGUCAGCUUGCACGCAUCUGAAAAGUUACGAAAACCCAGUCUAACCCGCCUCCGCACAGAUUUACAGUGGGUACGGAAAGUAUUCAGACCCCCUUAAAACUUUCAAUCUUUGUUAUAUUGCAGCGAUUUGCUAAAAUCAUUUAAGUUCAUUUUUUUCCUCAUUAAUGUACACACAGCACCCCCAUAUUGAUGGAAAAAAAAACGGAAUUGUUAAAAUUUUAGCAGAUUUAUUAAAAAAGGAAAACUGAAAUAUCACAGAGCCAUAAGUAUUCGGACCCUAUGCUCAGUAUUUCGUAGAAACACCCUUUUGAGCUAAUACAGCCAUGAGUCUUUUUGGGAAUGAUGCAACAAGUUUUUCACACCUAGAUUUGGGGAUCCUCUGCCAUUCCUCCUUGCAGAUCCGCCACAGUUCUGUCAGGUUGUAUGGUGAACGUUGGUGGACAGCCAUUUUCAGGUCGCUCCAGAGAUUCUCAAUUGGGUUUAAGUCGGGGCUCUGGCUGGGCCAUUCAAGAACAGUCAUGGAGUUGUUCUCAAGCCACUCCUUCAUUAUUUUAGCUGUUGUCCUGUCCCUGCAGCUGAAAAACACCCCCACAGCAUGAUGCUGCCACCACCAUGCUUCACUGUUGGGAUUGUAUUGGACAGGUGAUGAGGAGUGCCUGGUUUUCUCCACACAUACUGGUUAGAAUUAAGGCCAACAAGUGCUAUCUUGGUCUCAUCAGACCAGAGAAUCUUAUUUCUCACCAUCUUGGGAGUCCUUCAGGUGUUUUUUAGCAAACUUCAUGUGGGCUUUCAUGUGUCUUGCACUGAGGAGAGGCUUCCUUCGGGCCACCCUGCCAUAAAGCCCCGACUAGUGGAGGGCUAAAGUGAUAGUUGACUUUCUAGAACUUUCUCCCAUCUCCCGACUGCAUCUCUGGAGCUCAACCACAGUGAUCUUUGGGUUCUUCUUUACCUCUCUCACCAAGGCUCUUCUCCCCCGAUUGCUCAGUUUGUCUGCACGGCCAGCUCUAGGAAGGGUUCUGGUCGUCCCAAACAUCUUCCAUCUAAGGAUUAUGAAGGCCACUGUGCUCUUAGGAACCUUAAGUGCAGCAGAAUUUUUUUUUUGUAACCUUGGCCAGAUCUGUGCUUUGCCACAAUUCUGUCUCUGAGCUCUUCAGGCGGUUCCUUUGACCUCAUGAUUCUCAUUUGCUCUGACAUGCACUGUGAGCUGUAAGGUCUUAUUUUGACAGGUGUGUGUGGCUUUCCUAAUCAAGUCCUAUCAGUAUCAGUAUAUAUAAGGGGGCUGGUCUUUUGUGUUAUUUACCUUUUCAAGUCAAAAGUCAGCAUUGGCUAGAACACAAUCAGUGCCAUUAAUUUAUUGGGUGCAAGCUUAAUGCAAACAAUGUUUUACACAACCUUUAUCACACAUCAUGCGCAUGGUUAGAAAAAGGUUUUCCAAAUGUGCUGUUGUCUUAUAUUUUCUUAGCCACCAUGUUAAAAACAAAAAAGCACAUGUUGGGCAGUGAAAAAUAUCUCAUAAUAGCAGAGGUAAACAGUGUAAAUAAUGCACAUUAUUUCAGACACUUAUUAUUGUAUACGUAUUGUUGUAAAGCAUUAGUGUUUGCUGACACGUGAUGUGCAACGACAGGACAGGUGUGGUAGCGUUUAACUUCCUGCUUGGUCAUUUAGGGAAAUUUCCACCAAACGAAAUAACCACAGGAUUACUCAUGAACCUUUUGAAGCUGACAACGUGUCUCAGACAAUAGUGAUUUUUAAAGCAUCAUGAGAUUCAAACUACUGUACACCCUUCUUGAUGGGAUCCGAUGUUCCUGUCGUGUAAAUGUGUACGGCAAUUUAUGAGGCCUUCGAAAUCCGGAUUCCUAUUUUCAUAACUCCCAACUUUUUGUUUCCAAACUGAUAUGACUAAGUCAGUUAGUGCAGUUAAGUCAGCAUUAGUGCAGCAUCCACAAUAAAAGUAGUCAAAAUCACAUAUAAAACGCUGUCAUCCAAAAGCCUGUGUAGGAGUUGUGAUUUCCUCCUCUCCUUAUGAACACUGCAGUCCUAACAAUGUAGCAUGGUCUCCAAUUAUGUCCUCCUCAAAUUCCGCACCAACACUGAGAUGUGCUCAACGAGUUGUAUACUAGAACAUAAACACAGUCAUUCUUAGUGCUUGUUGCUUCAGAUGUAUGUAGGGCAAUUAAAAAAAAAUCAAUAUUUAUACUGUAUGAGUGUUUAAGAGUCAAUCUCUAAUCAAGCAUUGCCAGACUAUCAGUAGCUCUUCAGUAUUAUACAGAGUAUGGAAGGAUAUUGCAUCACAGCGUAUUAGCAACAUUUGUGCAGUGAUGAGUGUUGUACAGUAUGGUUGGAUUGCAUAUUUAACAGGACCCUGUAGCAAUCUGGACUUUGUCCUCACUAAUGUGUGCGUUUUGAGGCAAAAAUCAAGGGUUUUUUUCCUUAGAGUUGUCACAAUGACUACAACAUACUGUAUUAUGAGUGUGCCUGUGUAGCACUUAUAGAAUGUUCUGGUAUUUUGUCACCUCACAAAAGCAUCUUUUAUUCAGCACAACUGGCCAAAACAUUUUUUUGUUUUUGUUUUUGUUUUUUUUUAGGGGGGAUUCUCAUGUAACUUGAGCCCCAUAAAUGUUUUUGGGUUUGUUGGGAGUCUGUGUGACUUACAUCUCUUGCCUAUAACAGAACUGCAGUAACAUGACUGUAAAACAAAUGUAGCUUACAAUGAAUUGCUUGUGUCAUAGUGUAUGUCAUAACACAUCACAGGAUGUAUGAAUGUACGAUAUUUGAAUGUGACGCAGUGUAUAAAAAAUGUUAAAGGGUCAUCUUGAGGUAAUAGAGAUAAAGAUUGUACAUAUGUAAAAUAAUAAAUAGACUGCAUAUGAUGAGAGCAUCAGAUGGAGCUUUCAGUGUGCAGCGUUUUAUCUACCUGAAGGAUUUUGCCACAGUGUGGAACGUUACUGAGCACAGGAAGUUUGAUGCAUAUGAACAUUACGCUGCCAUUUGUGAGCUCAUAAUGCCUUAUGCCUGGUGAAAUAUUGUGCCUCAUUUUCAUUCAUGAGUAUUUUUCACAUGUAUCCAUGACAUAUUUAAGUUACCAAGCUUUCCCCAUUUAUUUCUGGUCUCUGUGGUGGGAGUACAUUCACUGAGGCUCUUGUCAAUUACUGUGGAAGUAUCAAAAGUGUGACAUAAUGCUUUCAACUUAAUGAUUAUGUUAGGCUUUGCGACACGACCUGCAACAAGUUUGGUUUGUUUGCUUCAAUUUGCAGUGUUGUUACAUUGACAAUAUUCAAAUAAAGAUGCUUACACUGCUGUGACUUUGGUAUUAUGCAGUAUUUAAUAAACCUUUUAAAACCA